UAUUAAAGAGACAGAAGACCAAAGCUAUCAUUCAAAUCUUCAUAGUUACAGAGUUUUGGUCGUCUUCUUAGAAUCAUUCUUUUUGGUGAACUCUGUACAUUCUGCUAGAUUAAAAAGACAACGUUUAAAAUAUCAAAGGUUUUCACCUGCAGGUUCCAAAGAUUUAGGGAUUAGAAAAUAAGAGUAUAAGAGGAGUAUUCAGUUUCUUUUCUAUUGUUUUCAGUAUGAAGCACAGUCACACUUCUGGAUGGUCUGGUUUGCGUAAAACUUGAACAUCUAGAAAGAAAGAAGUUAUUAUAAGACUAAUUUAGUCUGAUUGCAGAACACACAUUAAAUCCAGCUUUUGUUAAUACCCGGAGCAAAACCAAACCGUCUGUUUAGUACCCGACCUGUACCCAGAGCAGGAUCAACAUACGAACCAAAAAAGAGAAGGAAGAAGUUCUAUGCAAAACAAGGCAAUCCUUUAGUUUUCAGCUUCAAUCCUUACUUCUAAAUCAAUUCUUAUUUCCUGGUUUGCCUGCUCAAUUUCCUAAAUCCAUAUAUCCGCAGUCUUAGCAAGAUAUCCUUGCAGUAUUCAAGAAUGAACCUGGAGCAGUAUAUUUCCUUCACAUCCUACUCUAUACCCUGAGCUUUAGUCAACCUGCCUCUCCCUGUUCAAGGCUGACCCCAGAGAAUGCUCUGUUUAAGAUCUGCUUCAACAAGUUUUGAAUAAGUUUUUUUGAAAGAAGAAGUAAAAAACAAGACUGAGAAUGCCGGGUAGGAUUCUAGGAUCUCACGCCAUCAUUGAAGGAUUAGGACAGGGACAAGGUGUAUAUCAGAGAUUGAAUGUGGACGGAUUAUCAAAAGAGGAGGAGCUAUCAGUUCAAGCUCAGUUCCAGGGUCGACUGUGUAUAGAGAAGAGUAAACUUGGAUAUGGAAGAACCUGGAUUCUAAACACAUCUUCACAGUUCAGUGGAGGAACAGGAGCACCCCCAACCCAGCUCAAUAUUCUAAACCUAUUAGAGAACCUGGGGCUAUACCUCAUCACAGAUACAGUACAGGGUGUGAAUGGUGUACGUGUAAGUGUGUUCAGAAGACGACCUGACUGCAGCCACUGCUGUAGAGAUAGAUAGAUGAAUAGAUGAAUAUAGCUGCAUUUUUAUUUCUUGUAAAUAUAAUUUGUUCCAAAAUAAUAUA